AUGUACAAGAAGUUUUUACAAACUUUAAAGACCGUUCUUGAAUCGGGGAGUGUGGGGAACGCGUCGUCAUCUGAUGAAGAGUUGGAGCAGUGGGAACAAAUAUUCAUGAUGAGAGAUGAAAAUGGGAACAGCUAUCAUGAUAAGAGAAAGAAAAGAAGUAUAUGGUGCCGACCAUCCUGCAUUCCAGUUUCUAUAGUCAUACUGCUAAUAGUUCUAGUUGUUCUAGUCCCACUGCUGGACCAACCCAACAUUGCCCAUGUCUUACCCGCAGCCCGGGAUUUACAUUGCUCAGAUGAGUGUAGGUUAUCUCUGGUAGAGAGUAUACCUGAAGGCCAUAUGUAUCCGCCUAACUCAACGCAUGCCAACACUAAAAACGUCUGGCUAGAUUUGAUAGACGAAGCUCAAACCUCUAUAGAAAUAGCGUCUUUGUAUUGGACACUUAGGUUUAAUGAAGAUUAUCCAUAUAAUUCCUCUAUUGAGGGUGAACAAGUUUUCCAGUCCCUUCUCGCAGCUGGAUUGAAGAGGAAUAUAAAAUUGAAAAUUGCUCAAAACUGGCCUUCAAAAUCAUUCCCUAAUACAGACACUGAAUAUUUAGUUAAGAAAAAGGCAGCACAAGUGAGAAGUCUGAAUUUCUCAAAGCUUCUAGGCGGUGGUGUGCUACACACAAAAUUUUGGUUAAUAGAUAGGACACAUUUCUAUAUAGGCAGCGCCAAUAUGGAUUGGAGAUCGUUGACACAAGUCAAAGAGCUGGGAAUUGUUGCUUACAACUGUUCCUGUUUGGGAAAUGAUCUCGGAAAAAUCUUCGAUGUAUACUGGAGUCUUGGUACAUCAGAUGCAGCGGUUCCUGACAGCUGGCCAAAGGAAUUGAGUACUGAAAUCAACAUGGACCACCCUAUCAACAUAACUGAUGAUCAAGGUCAUUACGGAGCGUAUAUAACGGUAAGAUCUCCAAUAUAUUGGUAA